AUGAGAUUAUCAAAAGCUGUUGCUCUUUCCAUUUUGACUUCCCUUAUUGGUGUUCAAGGUUUGCUUAUCCCUUCAGUAGGUGAUGUCAUCGACGUUCUCGGUAAAGCUGCCAACAAUAAGUUGGAACCUUUGAAAGAAGCUGCUCAUCAUGCUGCUGAACAUUUGGGCAUGAAGUUGAAUGAACAAUUGGCCCCAGUUGUUAAUGCUGAAUCAACUAGAGAUAUUAUUCCACAUAGAUAUAUUAUUGUCUUCAAAAAUGGUGUCACUGCUGAUGAAAUUUCCUUCCAUCAAGAAUGGGUUGCUUUAACUCAUACUAAUUCUUUGGCUGGUUUGGACAAACAAGAUCCAUUCUUUGAAUCCACCAAAGAUAUUAAAGCUGAAGGUGGUAUCAUUGACAGUUUUGAUAUUGGUAACAUCUUGUCUGGUUACACUGGGUAUUUUGUUGAUUCAACCAUUGAUUUAAUUAGAAAAAACCCAUUGGUUGCUUUUGUUGAAAAGGAUUCUAUGGUUUACGCUAACGAAUUUGAUAUUCAAAAAGGUGCUCCAUGGGGUUUAUCAAGAGUCAGUCACAGAGAACCACUUUCUUUAGGUAGCUUUGACAGAUAUUUGUAUAAUGAUGAUGCUGGUGAAGGUGUCACUUCAUAUGUCAUUGAUACUGGUGUUAACAUCAAACAUGUUGAAUUUGGUGGUAGAGCCAAAUGGGGUAAAACUAUUCCUCAAGGUGAUGCUGAUGAAGAUGGCAAUGGUCACGGUACUCAUUGUGCCGGUACUAUUGGUUCUGAAGAUUAUGGUGUUGCCAAAAAAGUUAACAUUGUUGCUGUUAAAGUCUUGAGAUCUAAUGGUUCUGGUACCAUGUCUGAUGUUGUCAAGGGUGUUGAAUUUGCUGCCAAGUCACAUCAAGAUGCUGUCAAGGCUGGUAAAAAGGGAUUCAAGGGUUCUACUGCCAAUAUGUCUUUGGGUGGUGGUAAAUCUCCAGCUUUGGAUUUGGCUGUUAAUGCUGCUGUCAAGACUGGUUUGCAUUUUGCUGUUGCCGCUGGUAAUGAAAACCAAGAUGCUUGUAACACAUCUCCAGCCAGUGCUGAAAAUGCCAUUACUGUUGGUGCAUCCACUAUUUCUGAUGCCCGUGCAUACUUUUCCAAUUAUGGUAAAUGUGUUGAUAUUUUUGCUCCUGGUUUGAACAUUUUAUCAACUUAUAUUGGUAGUGACUCUGCUACUGCCUACUUGUCUGGUACUUCUAUGGCUUCUCCACACAUUGCUGGUUUGUUGUCAUACUAUGUUUCCUUACAACCAGGUGCUGAAUCUGAAUUCUUUGUUGCUGGUGAUGGUGUUUCACCAAACCAAUUGAAGAAGAAUUUGAUUGCUUAUGGUACUAAAGAUGUAUUGUCAGACAUUCCAGCCGAUACCCCAAAUAUUUUAGCAUUCAAUGGUGCUGGUGGUAACUUGACUGAUUUCUGGAAAUAA